AUGGAUGUUUCUUUGCUCUCUUCUUUUCCGAAUGCAAUCUGUUCCUAUCUUCUGCACACUACGUUUGAUCACUCUCCUAUGGUUAUUGAGUUCAAGAUGGAUCCUUUCUCUUAUGGCCCCUCGCCUUUUCGUUUUCAACAAAUGUGGGUGGACCAUCCACAGUUUUUAAUGUGUGUUUGCCAGGUGUGGUCUGCAUCUACUGUGGGUCAUGGACUUACUAAAUUGGCAUUCAAGUUGAAGAAUACUAAGGUUGAAAAUUGGCAUUCUAUUUUCGACCGUACCACUAUGCAUAUUCAUUCUCUUGAGAGUCACAUUGAAGAGCUUGAAAAUAAGCUAUAUCAAAGCUGGGAUGAAGCAAUGGAAAGGGACCUUCUUGUCUCAUCUUCGGAACUUGAUAUUUGGCUUCGCCGUGAAGAUACAAGAUUGGCUCAGAUGGCUAAGUUAAAAUGGCACAUGGAAGGUGAUCGGAACAUGAUUUGUUUCCAUGCUUGCCUUGCCAAUAAAAGGCGUAAAAGAGUGGUGGAAAUGAGGUGUUCGAAUGGGGUGGUUUUCAAUUCACCGGAGAGUCUUCAUCAAGGGGCAGUGGAUUUCUUUUCUAAUUUUCUACAAGGCAUGCUGACUAGAUCGUUACCUGACUUGUCGACUCUUAUUUCACAUGUCAUUUCAGACUCUAAUAGUUCUAUUUUAUGCUCAGUCCCUACUAUGAAUGAAUUUUUCUUAGCUCUUUCUUCUAUCUUGUCUAAUAGUGCUCCGGGACUUGAUGGUUUUGGUUUGGGUUUUUUCAAAAGUUGUUGGGAGGUGGUGAAAGAGGAUGUCUUGGAAGCCAUAUAUGAAUUUUUUGUUUCUAAACAGUUUCCAAGAUUUUUUACAGCUUCUUUUCGUGUCUUAAUCCCAAAGGUUGAUAUACCUUCUAGAUUUGAUAAGUUCAGGCCUAUCAGUCUUUGCUCGGUGUUUUAUAAAAUCUGCUCCAAGAUCAUUGUUAAUCGUUUGACAGGUCUCCUCCCAUGA